GGUUUGCGUAGCAUCAAUUCAUCUUCGAGUAAUCUUCUUAGCGAUCUUCUUCAGGUCGUCUUCCAGUGGCGCAUCAAGGAAUUUGUAAUAGAGAGUGGCUAACAAAUAGAAGGGAGUUGUUAAAGUGUAUACAUUCCACCUGAUCAGACACGACACUGAAAGAUCGAUAUGGACGAACAGAUUCUAGAGGAAGGCAGUAAGAACAAAUAUCAGAAAUCAUGCCGCAGUAUCUCCCGGCAGUCGAUUUUCAACGUCAUCGUUGUUGUUGGACUGUUUUUGUUGUGUUUGUCUGUAAUUGUCAAGUUCCAGCAAAUCGACUACAAGCUGAAAGGACUUCCGACGCCAGAUCACGAAAAAAAGUCCGAAGCACCGACUACUAGUUGUGACAUUCAAUGUCCAGUGGGAGAAACGGGACCGCAAGGUGAACAAGGAGUACAGGGACCGCCUGGCCAACCUGGACCAAAAUAUGUACCAGGUGAAGAACAGAUCUUGACGUCAUGUGAUGCCCUCAAAAAGGCCGGUGUUAAAUUUAAUGGUGUUUAUAAGAUUGAUCCUGAUGGUCCGAAUACUGGAUUGGAUCCGUUCUCGGUUGUAUGUGAUAUGACAUCUGAUUUGACACUGAGUUAUACAACAAUUCAUCACAAUAAGGAAGAAGAAGGAAUCGUUAACAACGCCGAGGAUUCGUUCUCCUUCAUAGUUAAUAUCACCUACGACCUCACGCCAGAACAGAUAGCAGCUAUCAAAAGCGUGUCAUCAUCAUGUAGACAAUUUAUUAAGUAUGCAUGCGUUGGGUCUAAGUUUUUACAAGAAGGUCUGCAUCAUACUUGGGUCUCCGUUGGUGGCAUUCCUAUGAUGAACUGGGGAGCUCCAACAGGAACUAUAGGGUGUGCGUGCUCGAUAACGAGAACAUGUGACGACCCCACUAGGCUAUGUAAUUGUGACGUCAACGAUAGUGUGCCACGUCAGGAUCAUGGCUACCUUACCGAUAAAGCAACAUUACCUGUCUCGCAGCUUCGUUUUGGCGAUACUGGAUCUAAAGGAGAGAAAGGUGUCUACACUCUUGGACCAUUGCAAUGUACCUAAGUCGUACUCUACUAACAAAAUACCAAUAAUGAUGGUAUUUCGAAUAAUAAAUUACUAAUUUUAAUUACUGAUGAUACAGUAACUAUCUUUUUGCAUAUGUGAAAUUUGUACUUUUAAUUGCG